UUACAUGUAAAGGAAGAAAAAAAUCUUAAGAAAUCCACAUUUUACACUAAAAUUUUUUGGCGUUAGUUACUUGUUAUAACGUUACAUAAAAAAUUUUAGUGUUCAUAUAGAAAAUUGUAUUGUAGUAUGUAUCGAUUUCUGUUCAUCACUUUUUUUUGCUAAACGAAAAAAUUUUUAAUGGGCCAAUGUAAGAAAAAAAAUGUAUAACAUGGUAAAAAUUCUAAAUUGGUGCGGGAAAUCAAGUUAAAAUAUUAUUCCGGAUAAAAUUUUAAUUUCACUUAAAUCGAAGGCAUCAGCAAAAUUACCGUAUUACAUUAGAAAAUCGAUAAGAAGCACACAUUUGUUUGAAGAGAAAUUUUCGUUAAGAAAAAUAAUACAUCAUCCCCUUUUCGCCUGUCUAACCUAAAAAAUAAAGAUUGAAAAUUAUAAAAGAAACAACUUAAAGUUAAAGCUGUUGUAUUAUAAAGCAAUUUGAACCACCAUCGCCACCUUCAUCGCUUUGAAAAUAAGUAUAGAUUUGUAGUAGUAACACCUUACGUAUCGGAUAAGAUUUGAGAGCCAUCAUGUCAUUUUUAAAUAAAAUCAAAACCUCACAAUUGCCACCAAUUAAAAAUAUUCUUAAUGUAGCUGUACAAACGGCCCGUCAACAUAUGCCCGAUAAGAAGGACUAUGAACAGCCAGGUGGGGUUAGCAGUAGUAUGGCACAACCACAUCAUGAAAAUCAACCAAAUAAUACACAGGCCAUGUAUCAGGGCGAUGAAACUAACUAUGGCAGUGUUGACAGACCUACGGAAUUGAAUCCUUUUAGAAAUCCAAAUGGUUGGGCUGAUGAUGGUGAGGCUGGGGAAUAUAAGGGUGAGGGCUAUCAGACAACGUCUUUUGUGGCCAAUGAAUAUGAUGGUUUUCGGUAAGUUAUGUUUUUAUAGUCUAGACUAUAUUCUAGUCUAUAGUCAAGUCUAUAUUCUAGUCUAUAUUCUAGUCUAUAUUCUAGUCUAUAGUCUAGUCUAUAGUCUAUUCUAUAUUCUAGUCUAUAGUCUAGUCUAUAGUCUAGUCUUUAUGAUGGUUUUCGGUAAGUUAUGUUUUUAUAGUCA